AUUGUGGGUAGGGUAUUCACAGCCCAUGUCUCUGGGCCGAUCUCUAGCGUGCUCGACUUCGUGUAAAUUCUGAGGUUGGCCGGAUUGGCCGUUUCAUUGCAAGCCUAGCUAUGAUGUGUGAUGUGAUGCCGACUAUUGUGGAAGACGCUUCGUCGUCGAGUGGCAGCCGUCCAGCCAACGAGUUUGCCGAAGAGGCGAAUUUCGAACAACUGAUGGUGGACAUGUUGCAUGAGCGAGAUAAGUUGAUGGAGAAUCUGGGCGAAGCGCAGGACAUGCUACAAGUGACCCAGCAGCGUCUCAACGAGAGCGAACAGGCCAAAGCAAUUCUUAUUCGAACGCUAGAGACAGCUCUUGCUAUGGGGGAUGGAGAUGGUCGAAAGGUGUUAGAAGAGAUUGGCAAAGGUGAUUACAGUCGCAUCGAUGGAGAAAGAGUGAAACUGAAUAAACUACCUGUUGCUGAGGAAUUUGCAAAGUUGACGAAAGAGUUGAAUGCUGCUAGACACAGGUUAUUAGAAAAGGAUGAAGAGAUCUCGGAGUUGAAAGCAGAAAGGAGCAAUACAAGGUUGUUAUUGGAGCAUCUUGAAUGUCUUGUUUCUCGUCAUGAACGUGCCCUUAGAAUGACAGUGGUCAAACGGCAAGCCAACUCUCCUAGUGGAGUUUCAUCAGAAGUAGAAGUUCUCAAAGCAUUGAAAUCACUGUUUGAUCAUCAUAAGGCUUUGGAUGAAAAGGUUCGUGAGCGUCUUAGGAUAACGCUGGAGCGAAAUCUUUCACUUGAAGAUGAGCUAGAAGUGGUACAACAUCAGAGUCGUGACUUGGUAGCUAGUAAUGAGAAUUUGAAGAAAGAGUUGAAACAAAUUAUAGAACAAAAUGAACAGUUUGCGAGUAAACAAGAAGAUAUAGAAGGCACCAAUUCUGCUCUCCAGUCUGAACGAGAUCAAUUAUUGGCUGAAAUCAAUGAGCUGAAGGAUCAACUUUGUUUGUCAAAAGGUGGAGUGAGAGAACGGUCGAAUGGUGUGACGUUUUCUCCUAUUAGAGGGACAUCUAGCGAAAGUGAUGUGCCGACGGAAGAUGACAACCCGGUUUCUGUUGAUAUGUUUAAUUCUCAUGACUUGCAGGGGUUUGAGGCUACUGCAAGAAGCUAUGAGGCUGUUGUAAGUAAACUGAAAUCGAAGUUAGAACACAGAAAUAAACAGCUUGAAAAGGCACAUCGUCAAAGGGAUGACUUGAUUACACAUGUAGCUAAUCUUCAGCAGGAACUUUCACUAGGAACAGAAGACAUGAAGCAAGCAUUGAAGGCUCAUUCUCUGGUGGAGAAGGCGCUUAACAAGGCUGAGAAGGCAAAGGCUGAACUGGAGGAUCAAUUGAAAGCAGUGGAGACUAAAUACACUGAAACAACGGGAAAAGUGGAAAAUUUAUCGAUUGUAAACCAAAAGCUAGAAGAAACGUUAAGGGUAAAAUUACGGCAUUUGACUGAGAGUGAAGAUCGUCUGAAAGCAGCAGAGUACGAAUUGGCUAUCCUCAACACAAGGGUUAAGGAGAAGAGCGAAGCAGAUGAAACAGAAGAACAAACCAGGGAGACAGAGGCAUUUCUCAUGUCUGAACGUGUUGGAGAAUUAGAGUUUGAACUUCAAGAAAGAGCUGCAGAGUUAGGCCAGGCAUUGGAUCAACAACAGGGAAAAGAUGAUCAGAUCAAGCGGCUGUCAGCAACUUUAGAGAAAAUGCUGAAUGAAUCAAAUGAUAAAAUGCAGCAAUACCUUUCUGAAAAGAUGAAGCUAAAUGAAGAGAAGAUGACACUUCGUCGUGACUUAGAAUCAACAAGAUCAGAUUUGGUGAAUCUACGAGAAGAGAGGAAACAAGUACUCAAAGAGCAGGAACAGUUGAGACAGAACAUGACGCGUCUUAAACACAAUCUGGAACGUCUGGAUCAGCGUAGUCCAACUCGUAAUCAUGAGAAGUCACCACCUCCCACUUUGACAGAAGAAGUGAAGCGUUUGGCAGAAACUGGAUGUUGUACUAGUCCUGAAAUAAGUGCAUUAGAAAAGCAGUGGGAAGUGAGCAGUCCUGAGGAUGUGUUGCGAUUUGUAACAGAAAUGGAAAGUCAAGUUGCAACGCUUGAUGAAGAACUCAGAUCUCUUGAUAGUCGGGUAGUAUCACAUACUGACAGGGCUAUAGAAAGUAUAGGCAACUCAUCAAAUGCAAGUAAACCUAGUGCAACUUCUACUCCUAAAGAUUCAUUUCAGAAGAAGGAAACUUCAGUUGUGACAGCCAUAGCACCAGGUGGAUUAUCAGUUCAACCAGCACCUCUGAACAUUGAUGGGGAGGUUUCAGCUCCAACAAGACUUGUUGCUCGUAGAGACAGAAACAUAGAACUGAGUCCUCCUCUAAUUCUCGAAGAACCGUCAUUUCUCAUUAACUUCAGCUACCACGAAUUACAGAACUCAGACCUUCUAGGAGAUGAGAGGCUGUCAUCUGGUAAUAGGAGUUUUUCUGAUUCAUCAAGAAAUGGGAGUAGAUUAUCACAUCAGGUUUCUGAUCUUCCACCAGUAAUGAGGACUCGUUCAGUGCCAUCAAUGAGUCCUCCCGAAGAAGAUGAGAGUUUUGAUUAUUUUGAACGGAAUCAGCCCAAACGCCGAUCAUUACCAAAAGGUUUGAGAGGUUUAAGGCAGAUCAUUCAAGGAAAGAAGACAGAGCCUGUGAAAGAGAGACCGGCAUACUUGCAAGUUCGAGCCAAUGCACAUGCAGAGAAAGCUUCUGAAUUUGAUGGUUCACAGAGUCCAACUGAUAGUGUUUCCUCUGAUAGAUUCAAAGAUCCAGACAAAUUGCAAGCCCGAAAAGAAGAACUGCUGCGUAAAACUCAACUUGAAGACAUUCCUUUCACUCACUGGAACUCUGCUACUAUUACUGCAUGGCUGGAGAUUUGGGUUGGUCUUCCUACAUGGUAUGUGUCUGCUUGCAAAGCAAACGUGAAGAGUGGAUCUAUUAUGGCGGCUCUGUCUGACAGCGAUAUCCAACGUGAGAUUGGUAUACAAAAUCCAUUACAUCGACUAAAGCUUAGACUGGCAAUACAAGAAAUAAUCAGUCUUACAAGCAGUACAAUGAUGGGCUCACACAGAGAUUCGAAUAUGGUUUGUGGCCAGCUUGGAACAGAGUGGGUGGCCCAGCAUUUUCUGUCAAGCAUUGGACUGCCACAAUAUAAAAAACCUUUCCAGCAGUGUCUGGUUGAUGGUCGAAUGUUGGAACAUUUGACAAAGAAAGAUCUUCGAGGACUAUUAAAAAUGGUUGAUUCUUCACACAGAAAUAGUUUCAAGUUUGGGAUUCACGUUCUAAAAUCAUUUGACUAUAAUUUGAAGGAACUUGAACGAGCUAGAGAAGAGGAUACUGAAGGGACCAAUAAUGUAAUUCUGUGGACGAGUGCACGUGUUAUUGAUUGGUUGGAUUCAAUUGGUCUGGAGGACUUCUCUUAUGGUAUCAGUGAGCGAGGAAUACACGGGGCUCUUAUCGCUCUCGACGAGGAUUUUGAUCUAGAGGCAUUUGCUCUAGCUCUCCAAAUACCAGUAUCUAAUACAGAAGCAAGAAAGCUUUUGAAAGCUGGAUUUUACAAGUUAUUGCAAGAAGGCACAAAUAGAGAAAUACCCCUUGAGAAUCCUGAACCGAAAGGUGGUCGUUUUAAAAUGCUUCGAAAACGUUUUCGAGAAACUACUGCCCGUCUAGUAUCUGGUGGACAGCCAGAUCGACGUGAUGUUAGCCGUUCUCUUUCUUUAGCUUCACCCAAGCGGAUACGCAGUUCUCACUCUCAAGCUAGUACUUCUGUAAACAAGUCUGCUGACAAAGAUGUCUGUGAGGAACUGUCGCCUCAGUCAUCACACACCUCCUCGUCUCCACCAUCAAGCACGGCAGUUGAAACUUCAGGACCUGAGGUGGCAUUGUAGUUAGAGAUAGCUGUAAGUUGAAGACACUCGUGUAGUUAGAAACAGCAGGACACUUACGUGUCUUGCCAAUGUUGUGUAUAUGCUGUACAAUAAUCUAGAUUUGACAUUUUGUAUAUUCCACAAUGACUAAUGGUGUAUUUCCUAUUGACCUUGUGAAUUUAAUUGAUAUGGACCUUUGA